AUGGUACCUUCAGCGAACUUGCUUGGAUUCGCGGGUGGCGAGCUAGCCAAGAAGCUGCCCAAGGUAUUCGGUGUCUUGCUGGAGACCUUUCUCAGUUCCGUUGUGGAAAUCGUCCUUUUCAUGGUUCUGAUCCACAAGGACAGGGGAGGCAAUCUGAUCCCUGUUAUUCAAGCCGCCAUUCUAGGCUCUAUCCUGGCGAACCUCCUUCUCUGCUUAGGCCUAUGCUUUUUCUUUGGAGGCAUUGGGCGUGAAGAUCAAUCAUUCCAUGAGGCCGUCAGCGAAGUAGGCUCAGGACUCCUGCUAGUGGCAGGGUUUGGCCUUCUGAUCCCGAGUGCCUUCUAUUCGACUUUGAAAAGCAAUGCAUCGCAUACACAUGUACAAAUCUCGACAGAAACACUGAAUCAGUCUACACUGAUCAUUAGCAGAGCCACAGCCGUCAUACUCCUAGUGGCUUUUAUCAUGUAUCUGUUCUACAACCUCCAUAGCCAUCAUAGCAUAUUCGACGAAGUCCUUGAAUUCGACGAGCAUUUGGAUGAAGAUCGCGAACGGGAAAUGAAGCGGGCAAAGCUUACGUUAAUUGAAUGCUUUGUUGCCAUUGCAAUAGCUCUUGCAUGCGUCUGCAUGUCGGCCGUCUUUCUGGUGGAGGAAAUAGAGGAUAUUGUGAAUGAGAGAGGUGUAUCAGACAACUUCAUGGGCCUUAUUCUUGUGCCGCUUGUUGAGAAGGCAGCAGAGCACUUGACUGCUAUCGAUGAAGCCUGGGACAAUCAGAUUAAUUUUGCACUCUUCCACUGCCUGGGACCGUCGAUACAGACUGCGCUGUUGAACGCACCGCUUGCAGUCAUUGUGGGUUGGGGCAUUGGCAAGGACAUGGGUCUGAAUUUCGAGAUCUUCAUGAUCGUUUUGGUCGUUUUGUCCAUCUUAGUUGUUGGAAACUUUCUUCGAGAUGGCAAGUCCAACUAUUUGGAAGGAGGGCUCUGCGUUCUGGUCUACGUUAUUAUCGCCGUCACUACAUGGUACUAUCCUCAGAUUAACAGAUCCGACUCCGCGCGGAGCGCAGUGAACCCAUCAUCGCGACCCAACCAAAACAAUCAUUCAAUGGACCCAUCAGCGACCAUUAUUUCCGCUCUCAAAGAUCGCGAACUCUCGAUAAAUCGAGACCAAAUCCGAUCCGCUCUUGCUGAUAGGACAGAGGGUACUGAGAUUGCAAAAUGGCUGACGGAGCAUCUCAGUACCGACACAUUGUUGUCGCAAGAAGAGCUCAUACUAUAUUCAAAACUUGAAGACUCCGGUGCCUUGCAGACUCUUCUCGCCAAUUCAAACCUCAAAGCGACUCGCCCACUUGUGGAUGAUGACCUUCGACGCGCCAUUGAAACACUAGAUGCCUCCACGGCUGCAAUACAGAGACAGACCAACACGCUAGCAUCGCAAUAUGAGACCUUAGACAGAUCUAUCACCUCGGAUGAUGAAUUGGGGCUCAGACAAAAUCGGGACAUAGCACGAUUGCGCCAGAAACAUACGUCAGAAAGACAGAAUAUAACUGCCGCGUCUAGUGACCUGGCUCACGCAUUGGAAUCAGAGUUAAGAGGUGUAUCGGAGCAAGCUUCAACAGACGCCAAACGGAUACUCUCGUCUCUGACAGCUCGCUUCAAGGAAGAUGAUAGGUUAAUCGCGAAUCUGGAGAGGCUGGCAUCCGGUAUAGAAACGAGCCAACAAGAUGAGAACAGUGCGAAGAUAGCUUCCGAGAGAUGUACUGCUCUUGCUCAGUGUGUUGCCGAUGAGAUCAAGUGUCGACUCGAUCGGUUAUAUCUGGAAUCGAUACGGGCUGGACUAAUGAAAAUGCGAACUGAGCCAGCACCCACUGAAGAUGAGCCGUUGGCCGCAUUGGAGGAAGAGCUUGAAUCUCUCUAUCCCGAAAUUGAUGUACUGGCUGAGAUGUCUACAAGACAACAGUUCGCUGUACCUAUAAUAGGCGAGCUAAGCAGUCACUACGAGGAACUGCAAAGUGCCUCCCAUGAAACGCUGGAUUAUGUUUUGGACGUAGUAUCGGAGAUGGCGUCGUCUACAAAUGGUCUUGUCAAGUGCCUGCAGGACAGGGAAUCUUACUGUGGAACCCUAGAGGCUAUUGCUGCUGCGCACCGAUCAGAGAUUGGCGAUAUCUUCUUGGGUCCAUCUAAUCCUAGAAGAGAGACCCUGAGACGUUCCUCUGUACAGCCCGUUUCAAUUUCUUCUUCAGCUCAAAAAGACAAUAGUCGGCCGCAUGAUCCUCAAUUGAUGGCGAAAGUGUUACGCCGAGUAGGAUUAUCUCUGGAUUCUAUGCUUCAUGCAGACGAAGCUAGUGAAUGCGCAGUGACUUUAAAAGAGAAACGACAUCAGUUGACUGAGAGUCUACAUGACCACGGUAAUGCCGCAGACUCGCCGCUCAUAGCUGAGUUACUCCCGACAGACCGGGCGAUCCGGCUUCUCUCCACUUCCUUGCACGCCGAUUUUGAAUUCGAGACCUCACUUGCGAAUCUGGAUAAUCAGAGAAAGCUUUCCGAUCUCGAAGAUGAUUUGAAGGGCGUUCAAAAGGGGCUGGAGGGACUCGACAUGAGCGUGGUCCAUAGACGAGAUAGAGGGCGUGAGAAGUUUGUAGAGAGGUGGGGUUCGAAGGCCCUGGACGACUGAGCCCCGAGCGGCCUGAAAUGCGCUUUUUAAAUCAUGAAGCUACGCGCUGUUCGUGCCUGCCCAUGAAAUGCCACGUCUACUAGAGGCACUAUACAUUAUUGCGUCACUCCAGUUGUACUGCGGGAGAGUGAUAGGUGCUGGGAAACAUCCUCGAUUCCAUUGUCAAUUGAUAUGGAAACAGUCAGCCCAUAAUUAUGGGAAGAGACAUGUGUACUUGGAUAUUUGCGCCACUUGGGUCGUAAACUUAGAGCUCUUUGUCUGAAUGAAGCAGAUAUACCACUCUCUUGCGUGGAAGCAGAAUUGAUCGUCUGUUUUGAAAGGGUAACAGAAUAAAACG